AAGACGGUCUCUCCUGCAGCACACACACUCUCUCUCACACACACACACACACCGGCGGCUGUGGAUUCUCCAUCUUAUUCCAUACAUCUAUAGGCCAUUUUGCCGGACAGCCAGCCAAACCCGCCUCAGGGAGCAGGAGAAUGGAGAACAACAUGUGACCUAUCAUCGCCCCACUGUCGACAGCAUGCUUCGCCUCCUCCGGACCUUGGCUUUCUGCUUCUGGUGUUUUUUGCUACUUCACAAGCAGGCUGUGGCUGACGAGGAAGCCCUCUGGGGGCCGACGCCAUCAAGAGAAAACCCACCUGAAGAUAAACAAAGCUCUUCCUGGUGGCCAAAGCUCCCUUCCCUUCCCUCGCUACCAUUCCGUAUCCCCUUUUAUGGGAGCUCAGACGGUAACGACGAGGCUGCUGUGUUGACCAGAACCACCACAGGGCUGACAGAGCCAAUCGAUCACCUGCAAGACCACUUGGGUUCAGGGGAAGGGAGCAUUUCUGAAGCCUCCGAACCACCCAUCACUGCGACUCAGGGGCUGCUAACAAGCGUGACAAAGAUAGGACCAGAAUCACUUCCCACGGGGACAUCAGAUUCUCCACACAGCAGCAUAGCACAGAGCCACAAUGAUACUCUUGUUUCAGACUCCUACACUCCCACAAGCAGUUCUAUCAGAAACACUCUGUUCACCAACAGUCCCACUAGCACAAGCAAUCCUGAACAAAAUGCAACACAUACCCACCCACCACAGGGCACGGCAGGAGCAGCCGGACCCAGCAUGGCUGCCACUCCGCAACACCUCCCAGAGGAACCCGCUGAUAAAGAGGAGGCUGAAGAUUUUACACAAAAGAUCGCUUCCACGAUAGCACCGGAAACGACAGUUCCCACUGCCUUGACAUGGGCAGCAGCCCACACCACAGCAACAACCCCCGGACUGGUGGAGACCACACUGACCCUCACUCCCCCUACAUCCUCAGAAACCACGUUUGCUAGAAAACAUCAGCACUCAACUGUUCGGAUUGUCCUCCAUGCCGGAGAGGCCACAGUGACAGACACUCACCCAACUCUGGGCGGGGCUGACCUGGGCUUCUCCGAGACCAGGUCUGGGCCCGUGCAGGAGCAGCCGGGGGUAAUCACCACUGCCAUGAGGACUGAUCACAAACUAGUGCCGGAAUCCAAAGUGAGCACAACUCAGAGCCAAAGGGUUAACUUCCCAAUAGCAGGAGAGCUGCCAGGCAAAGAGGAUAAGGAGGAUGACGAGGCUGAGGAAGGUGCGGCUCCUUCAGCAGACGGGGCUGGUGACACCCGUUUGGCAGACACUUCCACGCCAUCCGCUAAGCUGCUAACACCAUCCCUGACGCAGAGCGCAGGCAUCCCCACAGAAAAUCCCCAUAUUGCCCCGUACACUGAAGACUGGAUGUCCAUCCUGACGGACAGCGACGUCACCUUCCUCCCAGACUGCAAUAAAGAGCACUCUGGAAUCUGCAACCUCUCAGACACCUGGGACUCAACAACCUCCUCAAACGUUAAGCUCACACAAAACACCACUGCCAUGAACCAAUCAAUCAACCCGUUCCUGAUCCCAGCCCCAGUCAUGUUGGUGCCGCUGUACACCGACUGGAACAGUGCCAUGGCUGCUUGGGGCCUGGCGUGGGAAGCGCAUGUUUACGGCGCUGGUUGCGCCUUUGCGAUGCUAACCCUAGCCUCAGCACUGAAUCUGCUCUGCUUGCCGCUACGAUGCCCAUCCGGAUGUGGCUAUUUUGCCCUGGUCAGCGUGUUUCUACUAGCUGCCGGCUGUACCAGAUCUUUCUCUCUCUUGUACGAUGCCUACGGCCACCAGGACCGUUUACCCUCCACAGAGGCUUCGCUGAUGCUCUACGAAGCACCGUUUCCCUGCUUGACUGCAGCUUUCGGUCUGGUUUUCCUUCUUCUUUCCAUGCGCUCAAGAAUGCAGCUCUCCUACUCAGCCUUCCAAAGACCCUGUUUCCUGGCCUGCCUGGUUUUCCUGCAUUUUGCCGCUGCAUUCGGACCGGUGACAUUACUGAAGUUUUACCAGCAAAAGCCUCCCCUUUGCCUCUUUCUUUCUCUCAUCUCCCGUGGAGCCUUUGUGGCACUGGCCACAUUUCUGUCCGCUGCCUAUUUUGUGUUCUACAUCUACGUGAGGGCAGAUUCGAAACACAUCUACCACCUGAAUAACACGUCUCCAACACCUGCUGAGCGCUACAAUCGCUGCCCCUUUGCUGAGAGCCGGGACUGGGAUCGUGCAGCUGUAACUGUUUGUCUUUCAGCAUUGUUUUCUUUAGCAUGUGCAGGACUGCAGUUAUAUGCAAUUCUCAAUGCUAUGGGUGUGGCAGGUGGAGAGGAGGUCUUCCACCCUUGGCCCUGGUGGACUUUUCAGUUUAGCUGCAGACUGUGUGAGCUUGGGGUUUGUCUCACCUUAGCCUUGGUGGUCGCACAACCAGUCUACUGUUCUGACCACCUCCCAGCUGCUGGGAGCUGCUGGACUGAACUGUUGGCGUCCAAGUCUCCCAUCCUGCCUGGAAGCUACCAGUGGUCCCUGAGCCAGCAGGAGAAGCUCGCCAUCGUUGAUACCGUUGGGCUUGGAGAGACAGAGAGCCUUCCUCUUUACACUCUGAUGGAUGAGAGGCUUGGCAGCAGUCUGAACGGACUGGACCUCCUCUACCACAGCAACCGGGCCUUGGCAUACAGAGACCUUGACUUGGAUUUGGACUUACAGGGUUCAGAAAAACGUGGGGAUGGAGGAGGCGAAGAGCCCUCAGGUGGAUCCUCGUUUACCAGUGACUCCACCACAGACCUGAGGCCACCUUCGCCCAUCAACCUGCGUCGCAGCAUAGACGAGGCCCUCUUCAGUGAGGCCAUCUUUCCCAUGAGCCUCUUUAGUCCUGCUAGGCCGAUUCGCUGCAGUGAUCUAUCCAUAAACAACCACUGUGCACUUCCCAGCAACGGCCUCUGUGAUCCUCUCUCAGCAGACCCUGGCCUUUAUCGGACCUCUUCCUGCGUGGAGAUGGCCUCUCAACCCCAACCCCCUUGCGCCGAAACUCAAGACACUGUAGUAGGUGCUCCACCAUCUCCCUCCCUGUCCUCCUCCUCCAGCUGUUCAUCUCCUGAACGUUGGAGGGGCAGCUCUUCCUCCUGCUCCCUCUACCGAGCCUCUCUCGGAGGAUCCUCGCUGGUCCUCUGCCCGAGCCCAGAGAGGCAAGCUCGUCAGCUUCUCCAGCAAGGGGGUACAAGCCAUGUGCCAUCCUCUGGCCACGGUGACCCACAGACACACUAUCAUACACUGGGCGCAGCCUCUCAGGAGAGCCUGGACCUGGACGUGUCGUCUGAGGCAGACCGAUCUGUACAGGAGGAGUUCAUCAGUGUUUGCAGACAAAUCGAUGCUUUGAGCAUCUGCAGCGAGACUAUUGAUUUAUAAAAGGAGAGUCUGGUCAAACAAGGGUUACGCCGAGGAUUUACUGAAGCAGGUGUCCGCUUUGUGUGGCAAGCUGACCGUGAAGGUUGAUUACAGCCUAUUUGGUAGUGAAUGGUAGCUGUACACCAUAACAUACCUAUAGCUGCCAAAAUGAAGUCUUUGGAGGUUUGAUGAGCGCUUGUACGCGAUCAUUAGUGAAUGUCUAUGAGGGUCUAAGUGCCAAGAAUGUCAAAAGCCAAAAGGUAAUUUGUAACUUUUACAUGUUUGAUAAAGGCUUGUGAAGUUUGAUAUAGUCAAAAGAAUAGUAACAUUUUACUGAGUGGAGAUAAGAGUUUAUUUGUACAAAUGUUUUUAUUGCAUUCCAACAUUCCAAUAGAUAGUACUGUGACAGAAUUAAGCACUUAUUAAAUACUACUGAAGUCCUAUCCUUUCAACCUCAGAAUAUCAUUGUCAUUAAAUCUCAUGUUGAAUUAAUGGGAUUAGAAUUAAGUUUGUCAUAUAAACGCUCCAUAUCAAUAUGCCAAACAUCUUACUUGCAGUUAUGGUGCAGCAGUGCCCUCUACUGGUAAAAUGCACACUAUGUUACCUUUAUCCUCCUACAUUUAUCACCAAUGGAUUGUGCUUCUUCAUACACUGACAGCAUCUUCUAUGACCAGCUUACUAAUUUAUUUAUGUUCAAACAUAACUGUGCUCAACACAUUGUUUAAUAAAGAUUGUUUU